AUGGGGGUUACAAAACUGACAACAAUGGUGGGCUUAGCAUUCUUGGCCACAUUGUUUGUGAUGUUACCUCAAGUUUCUGCUAAAAGAUUCAUGGUGGGUGGAAAUAUGGGGUGGAGAUCUAAUGUUAAUUACACUCUUUGGGCAGGAAAUCAAACAUUUUACUCUGGAGAUUGGCUUUUUUUUGUGUAUGACAGAAACCAGAAUGACGUAUUGGAAGUCAACAAGACCGAUUACGAGAAUUGCAAUGUUGAGCAUCCAAUUCACAACUACACCUUAGGAGCCGGAAGAGAUGUGGUGCCACUCAAUGUUAACCAUGACCGCUACUUCAUUAGUAGCAAAGGCAAUUGCUAUGGUGGCAUGAAAAUUCAUGUACAUCUAGCUUCUUUACAACCACCACCACCACCAUCACGUACCACUCCUGCCAAGAAGAACUUUUUUGCUGAAUUAUACGCAUUUAGGUUUGAAAAUUUUAAACAAGUUUUUGUGAGUAAAGAUUUUAAUAAUCUAUUAUACCCCGUAUUGGUAUUGGCGGAUUUCGGCAAAUCACAUAAGACUGGCAAUGCCUAUAAUGCCGGUCAUAUCCCACAUGUAAAGACAAGUGGCAAAAUGGUUGAUAAUCAUCAUGCCAAGUGUAAACCCGGCAGUACCAUUGCCGGUUUCUGA